UACCGCAUUCCCCGCGCGUGACGUCACACGGCAUCCGGGCACUUGUAAUGGCGACCCUUGUGAGCGGAAGAGAGCUAGCGAGUGGGAGCGCCUUCCCUGUCGUACACCGAGACCAUGUGUUGUGAGUGUGCAGCUGUGUCCGAUAAAGCAGAGAGCUGGAGAUAGGAGAUCACCACACCACAGGCAACCCUACAAACCGUACUAACCACUGAGCCACCAAGCUGGAACAGAACGGCCACACCUCACCACAAUUCUGGAGUUGGACCCGAGCAACUCGACUCCCCAGGGGGGUGGGGAGGGUAAUAUGGCCCCCUCGGGGAUGGGGACAGAGAUGGAGGUCUGCGGGUCAGACGGUGAUCUGAAGCUGGAGGGAGCCAUGGGGGAUGUGGCCAUGGAGGCUGAACCACAGUCAACACUCAGCAGCGAGUCCAUACUGGAGGCCAAAGGCAAAAACACGGAAGCUCUUCUGCAGUACCCUGAUUAUGAUGACGAUAUGGACAUGAUGACUAAGACUAAAUAUGCGGAGAAAUGGAGAGUUAUCAUGACCGCUAAAGCGCUGGAGAGAAAGCUGUUGUCACGGCGACCAAGAGAUGUUCUUGUCAACCAGGGCAUCAUGCCUCCCCUCAAGUCACCUAUUGCCUUCCAUGAACAGAUGAAGAGCUUGGAAAGAGCUAAGACGGGAGACUUGCUCCAGCGAAAGAUCCGUCUCAGACCAGACAGACAAGAGCUGAUCCAGCAGCACAUCUUGCAGGAUACGAACAUCGCCCCGUCCCUGCAAGCUAACCAGAACAAGUUGAAACGUGCACGUCUGGCAGAUGACCUGAACGACAAGCUCGCCCAGCGCCCGGGACCACUAGAACUGGUAGAGAAGAACGUGUUAGGGGACAGCGCUGUACAGGCAGCCUUGAAGGGUUGUGUACUUCAGCAGAACCAUGAGGAGGGAGGGCAGCAAAACCAUGACUUGUGGUUUGAAGAAGAUCUGGAGUACAAGAAGCCUGAGUUGUUGGAUGAGGACAGCGGAGACAGCAUGUCCCCCCCACAGCUGGACCAGCCCAUGUCCCAGCAGUCCCAGUCCUCGCAGGGGUCGGUGGGCGUGCCCUCCCCGCCCGACACCGCGCCCAUCCUCUACAAGAUGAACGAGUCGUCUUCCCCGACGGCGCAGACCGUCAUCUCGUACAAACCUGACCAGAUGCCCGUGGCGACGUCGGCGGUCAUGGCGAGCUACCCGCUGCCGACCACGGGGGACGGGCUGAUGGUGAACGUGACGUCACCCCUGAGCGCAGCUAGUCUGAAAACCAGCACCUCCACCACUCAGGCGAUAGGCAAGGGUGGUAAGCAGGUGUCGGCAUCUCCACGUCCUUCCAAGAAGAAGCAGAAGGAGAAGCCGCCCAAGCCCAAGAAGCUGAAGUAUCACCAGUACAUUCCCCCCAACCAGAAGAACGCCCAGCCAUCGCCGCAGCCGGCCAUGGACACCCGCUACCAGAUCCUCCUGCAGCAGCAGCAGCUCUUCCUCCAGCUGCAGGAUCAGCACUUUUGGGCUGAGCACCAACAAACCCAGGAUGCUGAGGACAGUAACCCUUCCCAGCCACUGGAAUUUCAUUUUGUCAUGAGUCAGUAUGGACAGCAGUACCAGCCCAUCCAGCCUGCACCAGCUAAAACUAGUGAGAAACUGCCAACCAGCACAACUGUCACCACGACACAGGCCAGCAACACUAGUACAACUACUACAACUGGGAAGAAAGGGGGCUUGUCAAACCUAGAAGACAUGAAGGUGGCAGAGCUGAAAGAAGAGGCAAGAGCCCGGGGUCUGCCUGUAUCAGGCACCAAGAACCAGUUAAUGGAGAGACUCAAACCCUACGCCGACAUCACGACUGCACCUGUAACCAUGGGACAGACCCUGACCACCACCACGGCCGGGGAGCCUGCCAGCGUGAACCUGUCACUGCCGACCAUCCAGCCGCUCCAGCCUGCCCAGAGCAUCACUGAGGAGUCCAGCUCCAUGCUCAGCACAUCCAUGAACUCUACCAUGGGACUCCCCAGUAGUGCCAGCGACGACAGCAGUCAGAGCACAAUGACUGUCAUCGCCACAUCCGGUACCAUAGACACCAUGGCUCAGCAGCCUACAUCAUUCCAUGGUCUCAUUCCUCAAGGGCAGCAGGGCCAGGAAAACCCCGGGGCGCAGGGGCAGGCAGCUCCAGGACUGUCCAGACCAAACUCUACUGCCCCCAUGGACAUAGACAUGAACAGCAACAGCCAGUUUGAGUUGGACAUUGACAUGAUGGACCUGCUGGACGCCUCCCCACAGUCGCAGGAGGACAUCGUCAAGCAGCAGCAGAAAACCAUCGAGGAACUGCAGAGGAAGCUGGAGAUGUCCCAGAGAAUAAUCCAGCAGCACCAGCAACUCACCUUCCAGCCAACUCAUUUCCAAUUCCCCCCUGUGUCCCAGCAGGAGGGGGACAGCAUUCCACCACCCCCUCCGCCUCCCCCUCCCAACCUCAUGCCGCACGCCCCGCAGAACUUCAACCCCGUCCAGGCUCAGAUCAACCAGCAGCAGGACCAGCAGAAGCUGGCCAUGAUCCAGUACCAGCAGGAGCGCCAGCAGCAGAAGCAGCAGAUCCACGCGCAGCUGCAGCAGAAGAUCCGGCAGCACCAGGAACAGCUGCAGCAGCUCCAGCAGCUCCAGCAGCAGCAGGGCCAGACUGUGGCUCAGAUACAGCAGCAGCAGCAACAACAACAACUGCAGCAACAACAGCAGCAGCAACUGCAGCAGCAACAGCAACAACAACAGCAGCAGCAGCAGCAACAACAACAACAACAGCAGCAACAACAACAACAACCGUCACCACAGCAGCAGCAGCAGCACAACAGCAGCAGCAGUUCUCAAACCAGUUCCUUAACCGAAACCAAUUCCUUCAGGCCCAGCCACCUCAGAGCCAGGCCCAGCCCCAAGCACAUCAGUUCCAACCCCCACUGCCUCCCCAGGACAUCAAACCCAACCUUGUCGCCUUCUUCCAGCAGCCACAACAACAGGCUGGCCAUAUCCAGUCCUUCCCCAGCGCACCGCCCAACAUGCAGCCAUUCCGCUUCACAGCACCAAACCCUGCUGCAACCUCCGAGAACAAGUCAAUGUCAACACCAAGCUCGCCUGUGGAGGCCAAGCCUCAGUUUACCUUCAUGCAUCGCUCACCAACCAACCCCAUGUUAGACCAGAUGGCCCCUCCACCCAACUACCAGGAGGCCCUCAGACAGAGAGUCCACAACUUCAAUGUGUCCUCCACACAGCCCUCUACUGUGUCUGGGACCCAGACUACAAUCUCCCAGACCAUGCGAUCUCAGCAGAUGGAUGAUUUACUGGAGAUCCUUAUUGAACAUGGAGACUUGCCUCCUAGUGCAGCACUGGAGCCUCCUCCAACACCAAAAGACCAACCCGGAAGUUCCACACACAACACAGUUACCCCUCCUAACACGGUAGCCCCACCCCCCAACAAAGUGGCCCCUCCCCCC